CCUUAUUUCGUGCAUGAUCUGGUUAUUUUUGGCAAUUUAUUGCUUCCGUAGUGUCUAAUGUAGCUAUACCUAAUUAUCCUGUCACGCAUAUGAUAGAUGCAAGAUGUUCCUAAAACCAUAUAGAGUGAAAUCAAAUACGGCGAUCAAAGGCUCUGACAGGCGAAAGUUGCGAGCCUCUGUGACACAGGCUUACCCCAUCAGUGAUGAGCAGGUAUCGGAACUGAUUCCAGCCAAGGAUCCGAUGACUGUGAUGAAGCUGUACACAUAUGCGGGCGAAACAGUGCAUGCAUAUACCGUCGACAAUAACCCUAUCUUCUUCGAGUUGGAGAACGUCAUCUACCCAACAGUUUACACUCUUUGGAAACAUCCCGAUCUCCUCCCAGCCCUCACUACAUGGCCAUCUGUGUUCAAGAAUCUCUCACAGGGUGCAGAUCUAAUGCUUCCUGGAGUUAUUCUCAAGAACGACAUUUUUGAGGCUUUGGGUAAGCGCAACAAGGGGGCACCGGUAGCCAUUAGUCUGAAAGGUAAUCGUGCGCCUGUAGCCGUAGGGAGAACACUGCUGUCCACAGAAGACAUGUACAUGUCAGCAAUGAGAGGCAAGGGGGUGGCAGUUCUUCACAGCUACAUGGACCAACUCUGGUCGCAUGGGAACAAAUCUACACUUCCGGAGCUUGCCGAGCAAACACAAGAGUUUGCUGUUGACGAAAGUGAAGGCAUCGAAGAUGCUGAAGAGGAAGAGAGACCCGAGGUCGCCGUCGAAGGUCAGCCAGCGAACGUGAAUUUACCGCAAAUUGACACGCUUGAGAUCAGCGAGGCACUGGAGGCUUUGGCUUCGCCGGUGUCGAACGACGGACAAGCAGCCGAGAUUGGCAGUGAAGCGUCAGCGACUAACGCCGAGGAGUCGGGCAUGGAGAGAAUGGACGCCUUGCUGCUCCACUGCCUCUGUGCAGCACUGAAGACGUCCGGCAAGAAGAUGGAGCUUCCCUGUCUAACGAGUGCGUUCUACAGCGCGCACAUGCUGCCGGCCGUGCCGCCAGGCGCGCGGCUCGACAUCAAGAAGUCCUCGUACAAGAAGCUGUCUCGGUUCCUGCAGGCAAUGCAGCGCGAGGGGCUCGUCAGCACGAAGGAACUCACCCGCGGCGUCGACAGCCUCGUCGCGAUCAACCAUGCACACCCACGACUGCGGCAGUUCGUCGUCCCGCCGCCGCAGGAGCGCGUCUCCGCCACACCCGAGGAGUCGAAGGAGGUCGCGGGCGGUCCGCGCGUCGUCGAGAUGUUUGCGGUGAACGCGGCCGUCCUGCCGAUAUUCGCGCGGCAAGGCUACAGCAAGGGAGCUGCGCUCGCCGCCGCGGACGUGCGCGAGGUUGUCACCGAGCACGUGCGUCGCGCCGACGGCCGGCAGGGGGCGCUGGUCGCGAUCGACCCGUCGCUGGCCGACAUCGUGCUGCCGCGCGGCGACGCGACGACUCACCUCCGCUGGGACGAGCUCAUGCGGCGCGUGCAGACAAAGAUGCAACCCGCACAUCAGGUGGCGCUACCGGGACGCGAGCCGUUCGUGAGGAAGGGGAAGCUGCAGCCGAUAGCGCUCGCGUUGCAUCAGCGCUCGGGAAACAAGAAGGUGACGCUCGUCUCGAACCUGGAGUCGUUCGGCAUCGACCCGGCUGAGUUUGCUCACGAGGUGCAGGUAGGGGUCGCCUGUAGCACGUCCGUCGGACCUCUGCCCGGGAAGGGGGCGCUAGCGCAGGUGCUCGUGCAAGGCAACCAGGUGCGCUUCAUCGCGGCACUGCUGGCAGACAAGUACAAGGUGAACCCGAGAUACGUCACCGGCUUAGAGCAUGCCCCGAAAAAAAAGCGCAACUGACGUUGUGAUACGCCCCUCGAUGGUGUCUCAUAAUGUGAAAGCAGUAAUCACGUUACUUGUGUCAACUACGUUAUUUCCUGAAUUGUUAUUUUGUGUGGAUGCUACAAGUUACAAUAAUGCCUCUUCUAUCGCAGGUUUUCCAACCACGGAAUUCGAGUAUUUGCUGGUUACUAUUCGCAUGCUAGUUUUCCAGUCAUGACACAGGUUUCAAGUGUGGACGGUUUAUCCACGGUUUGACUCGUCACUGCUACACGCAAAAAUUCAAGUCGUGACGAGAAUUCUCUAGUCUGCCGUUUGCUUCACUUUUAUUGUUUGAUCUUGUAACUUGUGCUGCCCAGUAACAUGUCACAUCUAGCGGAGAGAAAGGAUCUUAGAUUUGAGAUUCCUAAGCGUAAAAAGAUUUUUGCUAUCAUACCAUUAUCAAUAACCUUCACUAGAUUCUGUUAGCACCAUUUAGUAAUACAGUCCGACCUCCGUUAUCCAGCCACGUCGGGACCAGCACCCAUCCGGAUAUGGGAUUUGGCCAGAUAGGAGAGUUAUGCUCAAACACAGCAUUUCUAUGCAGUUCAGUAGGA